AUGUUGUUUUAUUUAGGUUACAGUAUUGUGGAUUCUUCAGUCUUUGUAGGUAUCGUUAUUGCUAGAGAUGCCGAUAUUGAAGUUGCUUUAGGGAGUUGUUAUUGUUUAGAUGUGUUUGUAAAUUUCAUUGCUUGGUGUGAAUCUCAUUGCUUGGGUGGUUCCACAUCGAUGAAUUGUCAGAGCUUCGUAUAUAUAUUUUUGUUAUUUCAGGUGUUGUUGACUUGUGCCUUAAAACGUCAUACUAAUAAUCUUGGACCAGAAGGUGGAAAACCACAUAUUGUAGGGCAUCAGAAAGAAAAUACAUGA